UGGCUUAACAAGUAAAUGUAGCUCAACCUCGAGCUGCAAGAUCAUUAUUUUAGUUGACAUCUGCAAACGAGGAACACACUAUAACUGAUCCACUACCCUUUCCACUUCAACACCUAGCUCUGAGUGCCUUCUAACCGCAACAGGUUCUGGUCUUAUAGAUGGGCUCAUUAGUUGGUCAACUUGCUUUACCUUCAAAUAGUGGUCACAAAAUAUGGGAAGAUCCGUCUUUCAUCAAGUGGAGAAAGAGAGAUGCUCAUGUUCCACUGCACUGCCAUGAAUCUGUGGAAGGAUCUCUAAGGUACUGGUAUGAGCGCAACAAAGUGAGUUUGUUGGUUUCGAAGACGGCCGUUUGGGAUGAUGAUGCUGUUGCUAAGGCACUUGAUUGUGCUGCAUAUUGGGUCAAGGACCUGCCUUUUGUAAAGUCUUUGUCCGGCACUUGGAAGUUCUUUCUAGCCUCUAGCCCUGUUAGUACACCUCCGGAAUUUUAUGACAGUUCAUUUCAAGAUGCUUCAUGGGCUAGUAUACCAGUUCCCUCCAAUUGGCAGAUGCAUGGAUUCGACAAGCCAAUUUAUACAAAUGUCGUAUACCCAUUUCCUCUUAAUCCACCUAAAGUUCCCGAAGAUAAUCCCACAGGAUGCUACAGGACUUACUUUUACCUUCCUAAAGAAUGGGAAGGUCGGAGAAUAUUUUUACAUUUUGAAGCAGUUGAUUCUGCCUUUUUUGCAUGGGUAAAUGGACAACCCACUGGAUAUAGUCAGGACAGCAGACUACCAGCUGAAUUUGAGAUCACAGAUUUCUGUCAUCCAUGUGGAUCUGACAAGAUAAAUUGUCUGGCUGUUCAAGUGAUGCGAUGGUGUGAUGGUUCUUACCUUGAAGAUCAGGAUCACUGGUGGUUAUCUGGCAUCCAUCGUGAUGUUCUUCUGCUUGCUAAACCUAAGGUCUUUAUUGCCGAUUAUUUCUUCAAAUCAAACUUGGCUGAAGAUUUUUCUUGUGCAGAUAUACAGGUUGAGGUGAAAAUUGACUGCUCAGCAUUGAACAUUGACAACUCAGUAGAAACUGGGAACUGGUUCAAAAUAGCUGAAGAUAAGUUCAUCACAAGCUUUACUAUUGAAGCUGAAAUUUUCGAGACGGGGAGUUUGUACACCAGCAAUGGACAUGCCAAUCUGCCAUCUACAAGUGUGGCUCAUCUACAACUAACUAGUUCAGUUGAUUUUUAUCUUGGGUUCAUAGGAUAUCAACUUAAAGGGAAACUGAAGACGCCUAAGCUGUGGACUGCUGAGCAACCAAAUCUGUAUACUCUUGUUGUCACCCUCAAAGAUGCAUCGGGACAUGUAGUUGAUUGCGAAUCAUGCCAGAUUGGCAUACGAAAAAUAUCAAAAGCCCCAAAACAAAUGCUUGUAAAUGGAAAACCAGUGAUGAUAAGAGGCGUGAAUAGGCAUGAACACCACCCUUGUCUAGGAAAAACAAACUUGGAGGCGUGCAUGGUCCAGGAUUUGGUUUUGAUGAAGCAAAGUAAUAUGAAUGCUGUGAGAAACAGUCAUUACCCUCAACAUCAGAGGUGGUAUGAGUUAUGUGAUCUGUUUGGCAUCUACAUGAUCGAUGAAGCCAAUAUCGAGACACAUGGUUUUCAUCUUUCCUCAAAUGUAAAGCAUCCUACAGGGGAACCAAUUUGGGCCUCUUCCAUGCUAGAUCGAGUUAUUGGAAUGGUCGAAAGGGAUAAAAAUCAUGCGUGCAUCAUUUCUUGGUCUUUAGGAAAUGAGUCGAGCUAUGGACCUAAUCAUGCUGCACUUGCUGGUUGGGUACGGGAAAAGGACUCAACUAGGUUCUUGCACUAUGAAGGUGGGGGAGCCAGAACGUCUUCAACAGAUAUUGUAUGCCCCAUGUAUAUGCGUGUUUGGGACAUAGUUAAGAUAGCUGAAGAUCCAGCUGAAGUACGUCCACUGAUAUUGUGCGAGUAUUCACAUUCGAUGGGAAACAGCACCGGAAAUAUUCGUGAAUACUGGGAAGCAAUUGAUAACACAUUUGGUCUACAGGGAGGUUUCAUCUGGGAUUGGGUUGAUCAGGCAUUACUGAAGGAGGGCGCAGACGGUAGGAAACAAUGGGCAUAUGGAGGUGAUUUCGGGGAUACCCCUAAUGAUCUGAACUUCUGCCUCAAUGGCCUUGUAUGGCCAGAUCGAAGUCCUCAUCCUGCUCUACAUGAGGUCAAGUUUGUAUACCAGCCAAUCAAAAUUUCGAUAAAGGACGGGAUAAUUAAGAUUACGAAUACGCACUUCUUUGACACAACAGAAGCAUUAGAGUUCCAGUGGAUGAUGCUUGGUGAUGGUUGUGAGCUGGGCUCUGGAACUCUCAGCAUACCAAUCAUAGAUCCUCAGAAAAGUUAUGACAUAAAAUGGGAUGCUGGCCCUUGGUACACUCUGUGGUGUACUUCAGAUGCAACAGAAAUGUUUUUGACAUUUACUGUAAAGCUUUUGGGCUCAACCCGUUGGGCCGAAGCUGGUCAUGUAGUUUCAUCCUCACAACUCCAGCUGCCCGUCAAAAAAGAAAUUGCUCCUCAUAUCAUUGAAGGUGAGCACGGAGCUUUCUUUACUCAAGUUCAUGAUGAUAUAAUAGAAGUUAAUAAUAAGAACCUGUGGGAGAUCAAAUUGAACAGAGAAACUGGAGCUAUUAAGAGCUGGAAGGUGGAUGGAGUCCUGGUGAUGAGAAAAGGUAUACUACCAUGCUUUUGGAGAGCACCUACAGAUAAUGACAAGGGGGGUGAGGCAGCAAGUUACCUUUCAAGAUGGAAAAGUGCAAAACUGAAUAAUUUAACAUUUAUGAAGGAGAGCUGCACGGUUCUAAAUGCGUCGGAUAAUCUAUUGAAAGUAGCAGUAAACUAUCUUGGCCUGCCAACUGGUGCAGACAAAAGCUCAUCUCUCUUUAAGGUUGACUUAGUAUAUUCAAUUUAUGGUUCUGGAGAUGUCAUUCUGGAAUGUCAAGUAAAACCAAAUCCUGAUUUGCCACCUUUGCCAAGAGUCGGGCUCGAAUUUCACUUGGACAAAUCAAUGGACCUGAUCAAAUGGUACGGGAGGGGCCCUUUUGAAUGUUAUCCUGAUAGAAAAGCUGCUGCACACGUUGGUGUGUACGAGCAGGAUGUGGGUAGCUUGCAUGUGCCAUAUAUUGUUCCUGGAGAAUCCUCGGGAAGGGCAGAUGUUAGGUGGGUGACGUUUCAAAACAAGGAUGGUUGUGGUCUUUACGCUUCCACUUAUGGAGGGUCUCCACCGAUGCAAAUGAAUGCAAGUUACUACAGUACUGCCGAGCUUGAGAGGGCAACACGGAAGGAGGAGCUGGUGAAGGGAGAAGACAUCGAGGUGCAUCUGGACCACAAGCACAUGGGUGUAGGUGGGGACGAUAGCUGGUCUCCUUGCGUCCACGACAAGUAUCUUGUGCCUGCUGUGCCUUACUCCUUCAGCAUCAGACUAUCCCCAGUUACUGCAACUACUUCUGCUCAUUCCAUUUACAAAUCCCAGCUCCAGAAGAACUAGACACAGGACUUGUUUACCAUGACCUGCCACAUUCUACUGCUUUCCUUACAUCCUGCUGUAUGGUUCACAGUCUUUUGUUUUCUUCUUCUGUUGAUCGAUCUUCUGUAAUAAGGUGAACCAUGAAUCAAAUCAUUUAGCUUUAUUAUUUAGGUUCCACGGAGAAUAAUCUGAGAGAGUAUUUGGCUAAGCUUGUUUAAAAUAUUUUAUAAGCUCGUACAUCUUA